AUGAAAAAUUGGCUUCGCAGAGGGAGUGACCCGUCAGUAUCUGCUGCAACUUCCGAAGUUGAUAUUCAGUUAGAGGAUGUUUCUCGCUCUUUUCCCGAUCAAACGGAUCAAGAUUUUUCACAGUCUGAUUUCACAGUGCAAACUUUACCAUCUUUAUCGAUGUGCGAAGAGCAACCUGAACAACUUGAAAAAACAAAGCCAGAAUACGAAGGAUCUAAAUCCCCGCACUCGGAUUCGGAUGAACUGCAAAAAACCGGAUUUGAUUUGACGGACCCAGGCAAUUGGCCAGGGGUAGAAAAAAUGACUGACCAACAACGGUCUUUUUUUAGCAAUCAGGCUGUAUUAUUAGCAGAAAAUUACCCCGAAAACAUUGAAUUUAGAUUUACUGAACGCAAUGGCAGACAUUUAACAUCUUCUAUGUGGUACAGGACGUUGGCUAAUUGCGAAAGGGUUAAAAGAUCUUGGCUUAUAUAUUCUAAGACAAAAAAUGCAAUUUUUUGUACGUGCUGCAAGAUUUACCAGAAACCGUCUUCUACCGCCACAUCUGCAUUGUGUUCUAUAGGGUUUAUUAAUUGGAAAAAAGUUUCAGAGAGAUUAACCGAACACGAGGCAACUCAAAUGCACAAAGAGUGUAUGAUCAAGUGGAAAAGACCGGUACAGCAAAUGAAAUCAUGCCAGGGUAUUGAUCAAGACAUUGAGAGAGUAAUUCACUCAGAGAAAGAAAAAUGGAGACAGAUCCUGCGUAUUGUUAUGGAUGCUGUAUUGUAUCUAUCCACAAACUGCCUUUCUUUUCGCGGGUCCCACGACUCCUAG